AUGAAUCGACCCGCACAACGCCCUCCAACUGCCCAACAGGCAACAUACCGACCCAGUCCACAACAGCAAACUGCCCCUCCAAAUUCCGGCUCCAAUACAGCAGCUUACGCUCCUUAUGGAAUUCCACCAAGAACGGUCAUACCAGGGACUGGCUACAUCCCCCAGCGAGUGCCUCUAGGUACACCGUUUCUUCCCCGAGCGACAAAUGGGACGACAAAUCCAAAUGGGACAACGCCAGGAAGCUUCCCGUUUGGACUUGGUGGCCUACCACCACAUCUCCAGCAACAACAACAGCAUUCGUUAACGGCUACGACCACCAAUGACGCCGCCCUCGACCCGAACGAUUUUCCCGCAUUAGGAGCUGCCCAAUCGUCGCCCGCGAACCCUCCGAGCUCGACAACACAGCAACAACAAAGCACAUCAUCUUCGAGUUAUGCUUCGGCUGGGUCGGUCCCACAACCAGCCAGCGGCACUCAUUCCCAUCCGCCAAGAGACCUCACUCAAGACGACUUUCCGGCACUGGGUGGCAGUGGGGAGAGCUCGAGCACAUCAACAACGACAACGGCGCCAAGUACCAAUAAUGGCGCUCCUCCAGGGCUAUUUCCAGGAAACAAUGCCAAUGCGAUACCAGGAAUGUUGAAUAUAAGUGGGAUGGGCAUGAUGGCGGGGAGGCCGUUUGAGGACAAGAGGCAUCCAAAUCCAUCCUCUACACCUUAUACUGCGUCCAAACCUGCUCCACAGCAAAAUUCUCAGCCAGCACCAGCACCCAGUACGCCUGCGUGGCCUUCAUCCGCCUCGACAUCAAACGCGAAUCCAAACGGAACGACAUAUACAGAAAAUGGUCACGGCCAUCCCCAAACGCCGGCCCAACAAGUCCUUGUCUCAGCUGCAGACAGAUGGGGACUACUGGCGCUGCUAGCAAUGAUCCGGGAAGCUUCAGACCCCGACCAUCUUGAUGGAAGGGGUCGACUAGGAAGUGUACGGUUAGGCGGAGUAGGAACAGACCUGAGCACGAUGGGACUUGAUAUGGGCUACGCGGGAACUCUAUAUUCGACCUUCGUCACCCCUUGGGCGGACCAAAAUGCCGCAUUGGGUGUUGAACCCGAUUUCAAUCUCCCUGCUUGCUACGCCAACGUCCAUGCGCCACCCCCUGGCCCGGCCAAAGCGAGCGCAUUCAGCGACGAGACGCUAUUCUUCAUGUUCUACGCAAGUGCCCGCGACGCGCUCCAGGAGGUCGCGGCCCAAGAACUAUGGAAUCGCAAUUGGCGCUACCACAAGGACCUUCGUCUGUGGAUAACCAAGGAAUCUGGCACUGCACCGAGCACAAAAAUUCAUGGUGGUGAAGCGGGACUCUACACCAUCUGGGACCCUGAAGCGUGGGCGAAGGAACACAAGGAGAUGAAUGUCUUGUACGUCGACCUCGAGGAGAAAAACGUCCCCGCGUUUGUCCAAGGGCCAGGGCUUGUUCCAGUAACCAAUGGCACACCCCAGCAGCAGCAAUCGACGCAGUCUCAACCUCCAAGUCAAUCCCAAUCCCAAGCCCAACGAGGAUUUGCAAUGCAGUAG